AUUAAAUCUCCGUGCACUAUCCGUUUCACGUCUGUAUACUCUGCGAACUCAGUGAUUCUGUUUGGGAGGAUUUUGAUGGCUGGUAACAUAUUAAACUUAGAAAAAUCUGAUCCUUUUAAAGCUGCUAGCACAGCGAGUGCUAGUGGGGGAGGAGCGGGUGAUGGGAACUUUGUUCACGUGAGAAUACAGCAAAGAAACGGGCGAAAGACCCUAACAACUGUACAAGGGAUAUCUCAGGAUUAUGACUUAAAGAAAAUAGCCAAAGUCUGCAAGAAGGAAUUCGCUUGUAAUGGGACAGUGGUAGAUCAUCCAGAGUACGGUGAAGUAAUUCAGCUUCAGGGGGACCAGAGAAAUAAUAUUUGUGAAUUCCUGGUGAAGGUCGGUCUUGUAAGCAAGGCUAACUUGAAGCUACACGGUUUCUGAUAUCUUCACAAUCUACCAAUCAGCAGAUACACACACACACUCAAUUUGAUGUAAAUUAUUAUUAUUGUUGUUAUUAUUAUUAUUAUUUAAUAUACUUUUAUCAUUACGCACUCUGUCAUUAAUUGUUGUUGUUGUUAUAGAAAACAAAGUUGAUAGAAA